AUGGCUCUGUAUGACGUCCCGGCGACCGUGAGCUACGUCCAACACAUCACAGGCAGGCCCAAGGGAGCAACAAUCUCGAUCGGUGCGUUUUCCAAGCUGCCGUCGCUGGCAUCGGCUAUCUCGGUCUUCGUGGCGUUGGCUCCGGUGACAUACACUGCACACCAGGGCAGCAAGCUGAUGUCGCUGCUGGCCGCUAUGCACGUCGACCUCAUCUAUAAGAUCCUUGGGGAUGGCAUCUUCACGCCUACUCCGGGCAUGCUCCAAAUGCUGCUUCCCCUCGAAUGCCGCAUCGCUCCAUCGCUCUGUGACGACCUUCUGGGAUCGCUCUUUGGACAUGGAACGCCGGUCCAUUACAACGCCUCGCAUAUCGACGUCUACCUAGAGCACUUCCCAGCCGAAACAUCCACGCAAAACUUCGUACACUGGAUCAAGAACGUAAGGUCAGGCGAAUUCAUCACCUACGACGGCGUCCCAUACCAGCCGCAGCGGAUCGCCUGCCCCACAUAUGUGUUCUACGGCACGCAGGACUAUCUUGCCGAUCCACAGGACGUUGCGACCCUCACAGCGGCGCUGAGGGCAUCCGGCAACUACUUGGGGUCGACAUCGCUUGAAGGCUAUGCGCACAUGGGUUCGUAA